CCUUCUGUACAAUAGCGUUUUCAUUAACCACGCAACGGCUGAGUAGCCAUGAUAAUAUUCCACCUGCAUUGAAGUUACAUCAGUCGUUUCAGUGUCCGAAGAAGACGUUAGAUAUUGGCAAACAUGCUGCAAAACGUUAGGAUAGUUUCCCUAUUGGGACUGCUGUGUCUUGUCACUGCGAACGAUUACGAUUACCACUGGUUGCCACAUAAUACGCACGCCGUUUCGGCCAGCCAGGCCACCGGGCCACCGGCCACCGUGCCGCCGGCUGCCGCGUCGCCACCACCUGGGCCACCAACCAAUACCGGCGCGCCACCAAUAAAAGAACCCGAGGAUUACGUGGUGAAACCCGGGGAAUUCCCAUUUAUGGUCAGCUUCCGCGGGGAUUACGGACAUUUCUGCGGUGGGAUCCUCCUUACGCCGACGCACGUCCUGACCGCGGCCCGCUGCUUUACACAGUUCGCAACUAAAUGGAACAACCAGUUAACUGCGACGACCGGGAUCAUCUACCAACCGGAAGUCUCGUCGGCCAACACCGUCGGUAUCCAGCGCGUCAUCUACCACGCCGAGUUCAACGAGUACGACAACAACAUCGCUAUUGUCAAACUGGCCAACGCCACCACUGGCACACUGCCCGGCGCACCACGCUCCCUCGGGGCGGGCGGUCAAACGGCGGUCGGGCAGAAGUUGACCGCCGUCGGGUGGGGCGUCACCGGGCCCCAGGACUACCCGAUGCCGACUGUGCCGUACCAGCUGUACAAGACCCAGCUGCGCCUGGCCAAACCGGAGGAAUGCAGCAGCGCCGAGGGCUUCGGGCGCGGCACCGGAAAACUGUGCGCGGUCAGCCACAAUCUCACCGUCUGCAAGAAUGAUGUCGGCGGACCCCUGGUUGACGCGAGCCAGCCUAAGCCGAAGCUGAUUGGCAUAGUCAGCCACGCUAUUCGCGGGUGUCCGGUUCCCGGUCCCGUGGUGCUGACGGACAUACGCCACUUUGCCGACUGGAUCAACGGCGCUGUGGAAGCGGCCAAUACUCCGCAAAACCGUUUACACAAGGAAAAUGUCUGGGCGACUGUGGGCCACCGGCGAAGAUGCGCACGUACAUGGUCGACUUCUAGCCAGCGAAGAGUUAUUAAUGUCUUUAUUGUUCUUCGUUCCUCCUCUGUUAUUCUGUGUGAUCACUGUUUCUUCUAUUGGUCUCACGAUUUGUGCAUGUAUAGCGGAGGCCAUCUUAUUUUCACCCAGAAAAGAUCGCUGCGUUCAGACUCUGUGAAACGCAGUCACCGUCAGACAAAUAUUCGUCCCAGAAUGCGGUUGAUAUUGAUGCUCGUGGUGUGCGGUUGCUGUAUGUUGAUUACAGCCGGCCGAAAGAUCAAGAUCCGGGAGGAUUACCCGGACAGCGGCGAAGCGCCAGUUGGCAGCCGCCGGGCUGCUUCGUUCGCGGCCGAUGAUGAUGACGGCGAUACCGUCACCAGUCCCCCGGAUUACGCCGAUGAGACCACAAGAGGUUCCAUGUCAGCACGAAUUAUAAAUGGUAGAGUGGCCCGGGCCGACGAAUUCAACUUUGUCGUCAGCAUACGCCACAACGGUCGACAUGUGUGCGGGGGAUCGGUACUGCAGGAUCUCAAGUCAGUCAUCACAGCCGCGCACUGCAUCUUUGAUAUUCACGAUUAUCCGGUGCCAGUGGAAGAUCUCACGGUGGCUGUCGGUAUUCGUCGGCGCACUGGCGUUCCCCGCUCCAACACUAUUGCCGUACGCCAAGCCGUAGCGCAUCCCAAUUACGACAAACAGCGUAUUCGUAAUGAUAUUGCUAUUCUGCGUUUGGCCAAGAGUGCCGCUGGUAAGGGCAACGUUUCCAGCGUCGAACUACCGCCAGCCAACCGGGAACCAGACGUGGGUACGGAGCUGCACACCGUUGGCUGGGGACUGACGGAGGAAGGACCGUAUGCCUCACCAUCCGAGCAGCUGCUGAAAACCACGCUCAAACUAUUGGAUCGCGCAACAUGCCAGCGGAAACUGAAAACGGGGCCAAUCCCCCAGAGUCAGAUCUGUACCGAGAACGAGACAUCCGGCACGUGCGAGGGCGACAGCGGUGGACCCUUGGUGAACCGGCGGAGUGGUGUGGAUUAUUUAGUCGGUCUGACGAGUUACGGCGUGAAAGGGUGUAAUCUUGGCACAGCCGACGUCUUCACUAAGGUCAGCCACUACACGGACUGGAUCCAGGGCGUGGCCAACGGGAAAGAACCAGCCGGCAGUAAAACUACCCCAGCCCCGCGGCGUACAACAACCCGAGAGUAUCCUUCAUGGGGUGUUGCGGAGGACGAUAAUCCCACUCCAGCGCCUUGGCGUCCACCGCCGCCCAAAUACCCUUCCUGGGAUUUUGACGACGACGAUGAUGAUGACAUGUUUGAAGGGUUCUUCCCAGACGGUUGUGCGGGUGGAGGAUGUGGGGGGUCCCGAGGCUUCCGGCGCACUGCCAGGAAGUAGGAGCGAUGGCGCUCUGCCAGACGCAGUACGGCGUAUUACCCUGCCAGGUCUCCGGCAACACAGUCCGCUGUGAUUCCAGCUUCGCGACAUCGUCGUCCGAUCGUUGGGGUUCUGCGGGCCCUGACAGUUGGGGCAUUACUGGAAGUAGCGGUAGCAUUAGCAGUGGAGUGCGGUGCGUUUAUGACGCCUUUGGAAGGCACUGCACGAGCUGGUGAACCUCCGAAUAAUGGCGUUCGAAUGGAUGGAUGUAUUCCGUUUCCGUUUACGACGGUAUUAGCGUUGCAGUCACUGAAUCAACGUUUGAAAACGAUGCUCGCCGAUUUUACGACAAAGUAGAAUUAACGGUGUAAUACGAAUUUCUGUUUUUAUCCCCGUUAAGGGAACGUGCAGCGCAGGAUGAAAACUUGGUCGGGAAGUCCGUUACUAAAUAAGUUUCUGGGCUGCCACGUCUUGUUAAAUCAUGAGAAAUGUUUGGCAAUACAAAGCGAAGCGAGCUCGCAUAGGCAUUUUAGACGAACUGUCAGUCAGCAAAAAUGAA